AUGAAGAAUCGGGCAGUGACGUACACAAUAUUCCUACUUGCCUGGCCGGGCGAGACGGCAGCAGUCUGGGCUCGGCUUCGGAGCAGCGGGGAACCUGGGCGCCCUAAGAUCCCGUCUCUGGCCCAAGUCGGCCCCACCCCUCAGCGGCCGAACCCCAGGCGAUGCUCACCUUCUCCGCGAGAUUCCCUAACACGAGAACUUUUAGGGAAUUCAAAUUUGAAGAGCCCGCCCUCCCAGCCAGCCCGGGAUUGGCGCGCUCAGGAAUUGCGUCACCGUGCGUCUCCCUGGGACCCGGAAGCCUGGGGGCGCUUCCCGCUCCGCGUGGGUAAUGCUGUUUCCACAAAAACUGGGUUACCCCAAGCUGCGACAGGUACUGGGCAGGCACCUCUAGUCGUCCUUGGACUUUGUUUCUUCUUCAGAGGAGCGCCAGCUUCGCGUUUCGCGGCUCUUCCCGAAAUGCUCUGCGGCAGGAAGGCCUACGUCAGACGCGCUACUGCGCAUUUUAGAAGUUUGGUCCUCGCUACUCUUUCUCUGUGUGAGAACGAUACUUGGGACACAUCAGAGGAUAAAACAACAGUCCCUGACUUCAUGGAGCUUACAGUCUAGCAUUUACGACCACUUCACCUGGAUGCAGUGACCGUGGGCAAGUCACUGUGCCUCUGUCCUCAGCCACCCGAUGCAGGCGUAAGGAGGCCUGGCUCAGACAUGGGUAACCAACCGGCUGUACUAGAGAUGCCAAACAGGGCACCUACCCUCAG